CCUCCUUGGCGUUUCUGCCUUGGCGGCACUAGCUAGCUAAGCACACUGGCCAACUUAAUUAGCUAGCUCCUACGCUAGCUAGAUCGAUCACAUUUUCUCCGGCGAUGGCCGGCUCGUCGUCGGCGUUCAGCUUUGUCCUCCUCGUGCUGUUGCUGGCGGUGUGGUGGCCGGUGGCGGCGACGGCAGGGUCCGGACUGUCGGUGGGGUUCUACAGGGAGUCAUGCCCCAAGGCGGAGAAGGUGGUCAGAAGAAUCAUGGCCAAGGCCUUCAAGAAGGAGCCCGGCACCCCCGCCGACAUCAUCCGCCUCUUCUUCCACGACUGUUUCGUCCGUGGUUGUGAUGCAUCGGUACUUUUGGAGUCCAUGCCGGGGAGCAUGGCGGAGAGGGACUCGAAGCCGAACAACCCUAGCCUAGACGGCUUUGAGGUCAUCGCCGACGCCAAGGAGCUCCUGGAGAAGUUGUGCCCAAGCACCGUCUCCUGCGCCGACAUCCUUGCGCUUGCCGCCCGUGAUGGAGCCUACCUUGCCGGCGGGUUUGACUACGCCAUCCCCACGGGCCGCCGUGAUGGCCUCGUCUCCAAGGAGGAAGAUGUUCUCCCCAAUGUCCCUCACGCCGACUUCAACCAUGAUGAACUUGUAGGAAACUUCACCGCAAAAGGUUUCACGCUGGAAGAGAUGGUAACGCUUUCAGGGGCACACACCAUCGGCACCUCGCACUGCUCGUCAUUCACGGACCGUCUCUACGACUAUUACCAUGAUGGCGUGUACGGCACGGACCCGGGGAUGCCAGUGGCAUACGCGGCAGGCCUCAAGAAAAAGUGUCCACCCGUGACAUCGGCACAUGAUGACCCUACGAUGGUGCAGUUGGACGACGUGACACCGUUCGCCAUGGACAAUCAAUACUACAAGAACGUGUUGGCUGGCACGGUGGCGUUCGGCUCCGACAUGGCGCUGUUGGAGAGCCCCGAGACGGCGGCGAUGGUGGAGCGCUACGCUGCGAAGCCAACUGCUUACUGGCUCCGGCGCUUCGCCGCCGCCAUGGUGAAGGUGAGCGAGAUGGCAGUGCUCACCGGCAGCAAGGGGGAGAUCAGGCUCAACUGCUCCAAGGUGAACUAGCGAUGUUGUAUGUUGGGGGAAAUGAUAUACAGAUACAUACUGUUCCUUCAUUUUCAUGUCUCUUCUUCAUUAAUUUUUCAUGUGUAUGUUGGUGAGAAACAUAUAUGCAGUGCAUACUACAAGUUUGUUUGUUUAAUAUAAACUGCGUCGAUUCACAUAUUA